AUGGAGGCCGGAUUUUGCUUUGAGGCACUGGUGGCAGACGAUGUGACUAUGGUAGUGGUUAAUGUUUGUGGUCACUCAUCAGUUGGAAUGGCUUUGGCAAAGAAUAUGGAGGUGGUUCCAGAAGGCUAUUUAGAUAAAUAUGGUGUAGAUAAUUUGAUUAUCCCAAUAUCUGUUGGCCCUGCAAAAAAAUAUGACGGAGAAAAAUAUGACUUUACCAUAGACGUUGUUGUUCAUCCAACACUGAUUGUUCGGUGUGUGCGGAGUCACCCUUUAUUUGAUCACUACGUCAUUAGACUCACAAAUCUUGCAAUUGAGUGGAUUUUACAGGAAUGUGGUAUGCGAAUUAACCCACGCUCGUGCAGGUUAAUUCCAGAUAAAAAAUAUUUUUUAAAUGGUAAAGAUAAUUUUUAUUGGACUCUUUCUAGAAUUGUGAAGGCAGUGGAGAAAAGGACAACAACUGACCCUGUCGAUGAAGUUAAAGAUGAGGAAAUUUCCCUACCCUCUGAGCUUUGUUUAAAUGCCCCCCACAUGCAGAGUGAGAUAAAAAGUUCACCAUUGAUUAAGGAGAUGCCUGUUGUUACUGGGAUUCGAAAAGGAUUUCUUAAUGGUGUUAGACUAUACGGUGCUGGAGGAAGUGGUGAAUGCAAUCGGCCCACAGCUGACCCACUUCUUCACUUUCCUGAGCAUCUUCGAAACCGAUGUCAAGUGAUUGACACGCGUCAACUUGUUAACGGUGCAACACAGGUUCCGGCAGCAACGGAAACAGAUCAUAUAAAAGAGAAACCCAAAUCAACAAAUUCGAAUAUAAAAAAGAAAGAAACAUGUCAAUGGGAGGUACAGUCUGUGGAUUGCAAUGAGCGAGAGAUUGUGGUGCGGCUGCAUCCUCCUCCAAAUGUGAUGUCAAUGAAGGAUGUGGAGUUGACAGCUUCUUUAGAUGUUAUCGAGGUGGAUGAAGCAGUGAUUAGGCUUCCCAAGGCCAUAAAAGUGGAUGAUGUGUCUGCGAAAUUCUUUAAGUCGUCAAGAACUAUGGUUCUGACAUGUCCGUUGGCAUAA